CUGCGCCAUUUUUGUUUGAGUUAGGUUGUUUCUCGGCGAAUAGUAGACGCUUCUGAGUACCAUGUGUAUGUGAUUCCCCGCUACAGUUAUUCGUCGGCAUGUGCGCGUUUUGCGGCGUUGAUCAACCUUUCUCGUGUAUGCUUUGUUUUCUUCGAAUGGCACAUUGCGAUGUCGGCUGUGUGCAGGUAUCGAGUGUUGUACCGAACGCCGCGUACGGGCUUGUGGAAGUGUUUCACCUCUACGUUGCUCCUCAUCAGAGAACACUCCCCAUAACGACAUUUGUAGCCUGCACUUCACGUUUUCCCGUGAAGGCGAGCUUUUGUGGGACACAGUUGUCUGCGUGUUCUCAACCGACGGUGUGCGUUUACAGGUGGCGCGGAAGUGCGCGUCGGACUACGUCGGACGUCGGCAAUAAACGUGUCAAAGCAGACGAGAUCGCUCUUCUCUCUAACUAAGUGUGGGCCAGGCCCAGGUUGCCCAUGGAGGAGCCCACAACACUGGAACUGCUGGCUCUGCAGCCACAGCAGCCUGGUGUAGAAGAGGAGGAAGGGGCUACACUGCCCCCGGGCACCCUGGUGCACAUUGAUGGUGACACCCUGGUGGCAGUGGUCGAGGAAGGACAGGCAAUCACUGCUACCGCAGAGGACACAGCGCGACAGCUUACAGAACUAGACCUGUCGAGCCUGCUAUCAGUGGAGGAGCCUGAAGAUGUUCUGCAGAAGGCGUUGCUGCAGGCUGACACGGUGGUUGCAGAGGAAGCCACCUCAGAGCAGCCAGAUCCAGUGCCAGAGCUGCAGCCAGAGGCUCAAGAACAGCAGCAGCAACAGCAGACAGUGGUGAUAGACGUUAGCAGUCCGAUCGAACUGUGCCAGAAUGCGCUGAUUGUGGUGAAUGGCCAGCGGUGCGUCCUUCAGCAGGAUGCCAGCACAGGACAGGUGCUGGCUUACCCUAUCAGGGAACCAAAACGCAAGCGCGGGCGACCCAGGAAGGUGGUUCCUCCCGUUGAGAAUGAGCCACCAGCUGCUCCUGCUGCGGAUGAAGCUUCCCUGACAGAGCUUGCUGCUGUGGAGGAAGAGGAAGAGGGUGACAAAGGCAUGGUGGAGAUCGUUACAGAAGACGGCGCUCUUGUGCGUAGGAGCUGCCGGCGGCGGAAGGUGGCACGCACUAUGCAGGACUAUCACUUGAGUGAAGGCAGCGAGAGUGAGCCAGAGCCGGAGCCUGAGCCUGAGCCAGAGCCCCGUAAACGUGGUCGGCCACCCAAGAAUUAUCACGAGGAGGACCCGUUUUGGAAGCGAAAUGGUGGACGUCGCCGGCCUCGCCUGCGAAAGCGGGAUGGCUCAUCAUCGUCUCAAAGCAACCCUAUGCAAGCGUUCCUGGUGCAGAUGGCAGAUGGGCAGACGCUCAUGAUGCAGAUCCCAGCCGCAAGCAUUCCGGCAGGCAUGGACCUGCACCAGGUGGCACAGAACAUCGCCACCAGCCUCAAUGCAGCUGCUGCACAGCAGGCCCUGUCGGGAGGCUGCCUGACGGCUGAAGGUGCUGCUGCGUCACCCGUCCUGGUGGCAUUGCAAGGUGCCAUCUCAGAUGAUGCACAGCCACUGCCACCACCAGCACCACCAGCACCACCAAAACGUCGACCGGGGCGGCCUCGAAAAAGGCCCCUGACGCCACCACCUCCUCCUCCGCCUCCUCCUCCGCCUCUUCCAGAUGCUGAAAAGCCAGAGGAUUGUCCAGUAAUUGGCCCGACGGAUGGUCUGGCAGAUGUGUCGGAGGAGGGCUUGGCUAACGAAUUGGCGAGUAGUGAAAGAAAUGGCCCUGCAGAAGCUUCAACAGGGUCGCCUGCUGAUGAUGCCUCCAGUGACAGCGUGGCCACUCAGAAUGUGUCUGCAGUGGUUGCCCAGAGUCUGGAAGAUGCUGUGGCACAGGUGCUGGGGCCGGCUACUGGACCAGUCACAGACGGAGUGGAACUAACACCGGUACAGCCUGCUGAGGAGUCUGUCACCCCGAACAGCAGUGAGGAUGCCACAGUGAUUCCUGUGCCUGAGAAGUUGGUCACUCUUCUACUUCCCAAGUUGGGUGUAAGUGUGGAGGAGCAACAACAGCUGCAGUGCCCAGCCUGCGAGUUCCAGGCGGGCUACAUGCAGCAACUGCAGGAGCACCUGCUGGGUUCGCAUGCGGAUGCAGUGGUGCGCUGCCGCCGCUGCCCGCACGUCUGCCUGUCACGUGACGCUCUCGUCACACACUACCGAUCGCAGCACCCACGCUGCAUCUGCCCCUACUGCGACCACAUUGCAGAGCAGGCAUACGCCAUUCGGCGCCACAUGGCAAGGCACACGCAGCCGGGUGCCUGCACCUGCCCGGUGUGCAACAAACGCUACAAGGACCCGUACAUCCUCAAGAUGCACAUCAAGAUGGUGCACAUGCCGGCCGAGGUGCUCUUCGAAUGCUCCCUGUGUGGCAAGAAGUUCAGCCGCAAGGCCCACCUCAAGCGCCACGCCCGCACACACGACCCACACAAGCCCCUCAAGUGUCCCCUCUGUGAUUACAGGGGCUGUGAGCGGUCGGACAUCACCAAGCACAUGCUGAUCCACGAGGAGCCCAAGCACGUGUGCAGCAUCUGCAACCGCUCGUUCCGGCAUGCCAAGAACAAGGAGCUGCACCUGAAGAGGCACAAAGGCCAGAAGGACUACAAGUGUGGCGUGUGCGACUUCUAUGGCUACACAUUCACCGACAUCCGCAAGCACAUUGAGAGGCGUCACGCCGACCCGCAUACUAUCCUGUGCGACCGCUGUGGCCAGGCCUUCAAGAGCCAGGCCCUGCUCAAGGAGCAUCAGAUGAGUGCCCAGUGUGAGGUGUACCUGAUUGAACAAGAACUGACGGAAUAUGAAGAGGCAGCCCCAGAAGGCUUGCUGGCUGCAGCUGACGAGCAAGAACCAUCUGAUGGAACUCUGGAGGAGACCUUUGUGGAGGCUGGUGGCCAGCUGCUGGAGCUACCAGGACACCAGUACGCCAUCGUGACCACCACUGCGGAUGAAGCUGGUGUGGAGGCUACCACUGAGGUGCCUGAUGGGGCCCAUGAGACGCACAUUGCUGUGGUGCAAGAUGCCAGUCAUCUGCUUGUCUAGUCCAGCACCAGACUGAACUUUCUGCCAAGCUGUAUCCUCCACGUGGCAAACCUUUGCUUCCCUCAGGAAGGCACCUGUACAUAUUUGUGUAUAAUAUGUGGAGGGCUGUGUGGCAACACCGUCGCCGAAGAACUCUAUGUGAUAAAGUGUGAACAAAUGCAUUGCCCGCCAGUGCUUUGCACUCCUUGGGCUGAGAAUGUGUGCGUUCUAGCUGACGAUGUGCCAAGUGGACUCAUGUCGCCUGUACUGUGUGUACAGGACUGUAAAGGUUCAUCAAACACAUCCCGUGUGGAACACUGUGCAUCCACAAUAAUCUAAAUGCACACUGUACAAAGUGUUGUGCAUCUGGAAUGAUCAAGGAACUGCGUGACUGUGUCAUUUUUUCAUCUUGCCUUUCAUUCCCUUCGGGUUGUGUGAGCAAGUGUUCUUUUUUUUCUUGCUAACAUUAUUAGGUAAGUGAAAAUUUCCUGCAUAAAACUGAGCUCUACAACAA